UUGCAUACCUGCGCUUGCAUUAUUUACAUUUUAUCCCAGGAAGAGGAACAGUCUAUAUUUAGUCGUUUAAAAAAAUAAAGAUUCUCCAAAGUUUCGAAUGGGAACGCACGCCCACUGUUUUAACACCGUGAAUGGAAUAAAAAAAAAAUCAAGUUCAUUCACAAAAUUACCGUCAGCUGUGCGUGAUUGUCUCUCGCGGCCAAUGGGAGGCGAGGCAAUUAACAUCGUAAUCUCCAGCGCCAGAUGAAACCUGUGGAGCUGGAGUGUUUGUUGUGAGACGGGCGUUUGAGUUUGAAGGCGAAGCAAGGUGGUGAACUCGAAAUUCAAUGGACGACAGUUGAUGGGUAUCUCGCACAUCGGCAACCAACUGCUUGCAUUUCUGAAAAGGUUUAUUCGAAACGGCAGGCGUCAUUGAAUAUCACCUGAUCUUUUACGAAGGCGAUCAAACCAAGGAGAAUGUCGGAGCGACCCCAGAGCACUACUUCGGAGUGCAACAGCCGGCCUGAUGACUUCAGCCGGGCCAUGUACGCCCAGGCCUUGAGUCAAGAGGGGUUUGGAGGCGCGUCGCUCCAGAUCCCACACGGCGUUCUGCAACACCAUAGUCUUCUCUUCAACAAGGCCGCAUAUAAUGGGAUGCCUCCAACGACCAAUCAGCCCUUUUUGCCAUUCCCACCGGGCACUGGUGAAUAUAGGGCCUCCGACUUGCAAGCCGGUGACUUUUGCCAACCCAAACACUGGUGUCCCAUCGCCGCUCCGGAGUACACCGGGCAAGUAGCAGGGGCCGCAGCGGCUACCCACCCCACAAACCUGGGCCCACAUAACACCAGGGAACAAGUCAAGAUGUCCGAAAUAAAGCUUGAGAAGGAUGUCAAUGACGAGUAUGGGCAAAAGAUUCAACAUUAUCCAACUCCACCUUCGUCUGCUGUAGCUCACGGGGUUUACUACUCGACUCCAUGGAACUCGUCGUUUUGGCCCGGCUUUCCGCACGUACCGGCUGCGAAUACCACUACUCAAAACCCCCCCAACUCCAUACCCUCAACAUCGUCUUCAUCGUCCCCAUCUCUCUCGCCCUCACCCCCCAGUAAUGGGUUACCCGGGGUCACGUUCUUCAACGGGAACGCAAGCCAAACUGCCCAAGCGCCCCAGGCGCAAACCUCUACCCGGAGCAGUGGUUCCUCCAGCGGCGGGUGCAGUGACUCGGAGGAAGAGGAGAACCUUUCAACUGAGGAGCUGGAACAGUUUGCCAAGGAGCUGAAACACAAACGUAUAACUCUGGGUUUCACACAGGCAGAUGUAGGCCUGGCCCUAGGCAACCUCUAUGGCAAGAUGUUCAGCCAGACUACAAUUUGCCGCUUUGAAGCGCUCCAGCUUAGCUUCAAGAACAUGUGCAAGCUGAAGCCCCUGCUCCGGAGAUGGCUGAAUGAGGCUGAGACCUCGGACAACCCCCAGGAUAUGUACAAGAUCGAGCGGGUAUUUGUGGACACCAGGAAGAGGAAGCGGAGGACCAGUCUGGAGGGGUCGGUGCGCACUGCUCUGGAGUCCUACUUUGUCAAGUGUCCCAAACCGAACACCCAGGAGAUCACACACAUUGCUGAUGACCUGUGUCUGGAGAGAGAUGUGGUACGUGUGUGGUUCUGUAACCGCAGACAGAAGGGGAAGCGCCUGGCCCUCCCCUUCGAUGAGGAGUGUGAAGGACAGUACUAUGAGCAGAGCCCCCCUCCCCCGCACAUGGCUCACCCCCCCCUCCCUGGGCAGGGGUACUCUCUCUCCGGCCACCCUGGGGGCCCCACCUUCUACAUGCCUCCCCUCCAGAGGCCAGAUGUCUUUAAGCAGGCCCUGCACCCUGGACAGGUCGGUCACCUGACCAGCUAAACAGGUUCCAGUUCUCCAAACCAGCCUGGGCCAUGUGUCAACCCCUUCCCCACCCAACAUGCCUACCUCUUUAGUCCUCCAGCCCCCACCAACCCAGGCGGUUGUCCUCAUAUGCAGUUCUACCACACCCUAGCCCCUCUGGACCACAGAGAGAAAGUCAAGUGAGUGUCGGCUUGUUGGUCAGCAAAUAAUUGUCUCAAAGCUGGAACUUCCCUGUGUCUUUAAGGCCAGGGAAUCUUGACACUGCCUUUUUGUCUCUCUGUUUCAUGUUGCCUUUUCAUCGGUUGUGCCUUGCCUCCCACCCAGUUCAGCUGCGAGUCAUCUGCACGACCGUCGAAGCCCCAGCCAGCAUCAUGACUAAAGGGGUGGGGAGUGUUUAACCAUUGGCUCUGACUCCGGUAUGAGAUGGCUUUGCACAAAGUUUUGUUUUUGUUGAGUCUGACCUUUUUUUUUAUUUUUUUUAUUUUGUUACUUUAUCUUGAAUGUCUAUCCUCCAGCGGUUAGCUAUUUUCAGGUGACAGUUUUCUUAUCUAGAGUUUCUAGAAGUAUUCUUUUGUCUUGCUCAGGAGUACUUUCAUAGUGGAAGUAUGACACGAAUACAGUUUACUUGUGUUGCUGAGAAGUCUGCUAUGGUUUGUUACCCAUGAAUGUAUUUUUCAUCUGUUGCACACUGACUAACUGAAGUGAUUUUUAUUAUUAUUAUUUUAAUACUGGAACCGUAGUUCAUGUUGCACCAAGGGGACAAACUGCAGGAUGUCUGUCGAGUGGGGCAUUGAGCACUGCCCCUCAACCAGUUUUUCUUGUUACCGUGAUCGUCAGUGACCUAAAUGGUUUGUCACUGACUUCCUCAAUCCUAUAAUAGUUGCUUUGAUCGGGCCUUUCUAAAAUGGCCAUGUCACAAUCUCGUGCCUUAAUGUGUAUUUAAAGUGAUUUCCUCUUGUGACUCUGCUCUCUCGUUACAUGUUUUUACGCAAUCCCAUGUUAAUAAUUGAAAGCAUAUUUGAUAAUUUAUUGAAACGGGCUAAUUCUCUGGGGAAACCUGAAGAUGUUACCUGUACACUUUCCAUUCCAAACUCCUGUGUCGUUACAAUGUAUUCCAAGUUGACAAUUUUACUUUUUGUUCUCACAGUUUUUUACCUUGUGGGUGUUCUAAUGCUUUAUAGUGAACACCUUGCAAUAAGUCUUGCCAAUGUCAUAUCCACACAUUUUAUAUAUAACUGUUUGGAUUGGUAUUUUUCCUGUUCCUUCUGCACUGUGUCUGCAUUGGUACUGUAACAUUACUUCAAUUCUGCUGUUUUUUCACAUCUUACUGUGAUAUCAAUUAAACAUUAAAGUUCAUAGAGCCA